AUGUUUUAUUCUGUUUUAUUUUUCAUAGCUCUCACAACACUAGUUUUUAUAGCUUUUAUACUUCUUAACAAAUCACAAUUACAAUUUGAAGAAAAAUUAACUUCUAAAACUAUAAUUAUUUGUCUUUUUGCACUUGUUGUUUUGAUGAAUCAAAUUUAAUUAAUGAGUCAAUUCAAAUCCCCAAAUAAGUUUAUGAAUAUUUUUAGUUCGUUAGAUUUGAUUGAAUUACCAUAGAAUACAAAUAUUUAAGAGCUCAAAAUACCAUUUAAUAAAACAAAAGGGAUUUAUUUAAUAAAUAAUACUUAUUCAUAUAGUUUAUAGCAAUAAUUUGAGAAUACUCAAAAACCUUAUUUGCAUAUAAAUUUUGAUCACUAUUCAGCUUUAAAUAUCGAUUCCAUUUAUUUAAAUAAGAAAAUGAGUCAAUUAUAUAAUGAAUUAGUUUAAUAAAAAUCACAGCCCUUAAUCUUAAUUAUAAAAAUUGAAUCAGUUAAUCCUGAAUUCUUUGAAUAUUUAGAGUAAAUAUUUGAGUAAAGUGAAUGCACCCUGAUAUUAUAUGGAUCUUAAAUUAAACAAAUUAGACAUAUUUGUAAUUAUAUUGACCCUUAUUAGAAGUGCCAUCUUUUUAUAGAUUCUCUUAGUAAUUAAUAUUAUGA